AUGAAACCGGGAUUCAAGGAUUUGCGUGCAGUUGGAUAUCAAACUGAUGUUCCUUACGUGUCACUAUCCAAUUAUUGUUGGUCAUUCAAUUGCCCAAAACCAGGAGCGGAAGUUGAAUUUUUAAAUAUGACUUUUCAACUAAUGAAUUCAACUGCAACAAUUGUACAAAUUGAUGCGGAUAUUGAGCAGUCAAUUGAUAUGGUUAGCAAUGGAUCUGCUGAUAUCACACUUGUCUCAGCUCGUCAAACAUUGGAUCGAAUGAAAAAGGUUGAUUUCACUACUCCGAUUGGAUUUGUAUAUUAUGGAUAUUUAGUCAGAGAGAUACCUGAACUUGCAGUUGCCGACUAUAUAAUGAGGCUAUUUGAUUAUGAUACUCUUGCAAUUUUGAUCAGUUUCGGGUUGAUUAUUGGAGCUUUACUGUAUCUCUACACUUGGAUUUUUGGCUUAAGAGUUAGAUCACUUUUGGAUUGGAUGUUUAUUAGUUGUUCGGGUAUAAUUCAUCAAUUCAUGUUUCGAAUCUCAUCACCAAUUUGUGCUCUAGUUUUAAUUGGGUUUUGGCUUUUGUGCUGUUUAGUCAUUAUCACUUAUUAUGAAGCAAAACUUAAAAGUUUUCUUCUACUAUCUCACCAUAGAGGAACAAUAUUCAAUACAUUAGAUGGUGUCCUGGAAGCUGCUGAACACAAAGGUUGGACUCUUGUAAUACAAGAAAGAGGAUAUACUCCAUAUCUCUACUGUAAUCCUUCGCAGUGUGCAAGAUUGGAUAGACUGAAAUCGAGAAUAAACUUCAUUGGAGCUGAUGACGAUGCAAACUUACUGUUAGGACAAGACAAACACGUUGGUUUCUCUGCAUUGGCUAGUGAUCUCGCUGAAACUGACAUCACAUAUUUUGAUUACCACUCCAAAAUUUUAUUUGUAAGAGACAAAAUAAUGGCUCCCGAAUAUUUGGCAUACGCUGUGAAUAAAAACGUGAAAGGCCUCCGUGAGAAGUUUAAUAGAGCUGUUGCCUACACUAAAAGUGGGUAUGGAACUGUAAGAUCUCGAUAUAUAGCUUCAUUUCCGUCGUAUAAUUCUGUGACUUCUCAAAGUCAAACUAUAACCGUGCUACAAACUAGUCAUUUCAUUCAACUUUACAAAUUUUGUUUUAUCUUCUACGGAAUCGCUAUAAUAGUAUUUAUUCUUGAAAUUAUAUUUCAUCGUAUGACGAAGAACUUUACAUUUUUUGGACAUAGCUACAACUAUCAUUUAUCUGGAUUCGAAUGGAGAUUUGCACGACCUAAAUGGAUACAUUUUCCACGAAGAAACACAGUAAUUCUACCAUUAUCAAAAUCUUAUAGUCCUGACAAUGAGAGACGGGUUACUGUUUGCUAA